CGAAAUUAUAUUGGGGCCAUCUUCAAACUUGUGAAAAUUUUAAGGCAGAUUAUAACAAGAAUGAACUUUUGGAUAUUCUUGCACAAUUGGUUCCUGAAGAUGCUAAAAAAAAGGAUAACAAAGCAGAUGAGGUAGAUUCUGAGUCUGAAGAUGAUGAAAUAUCAACAACAAACUUGCCUACUUUGACAAACCAACCUUCCUUAAU